AUGAUUGGACAUGUAUUACUUGUCAUAGCAAUCGCGUCAUCAUACGUGUUUGCCAUAUACUUUGCCCAACCUCCUAGUUUGAGAGAUAAAGAUAGAAACGAUAUUGAGGUGGUUAAACAUCGAAUUAAACGAAUAAUUAUAUUAUGUUCAGUCUUGUUAGUAUUGAUUCCAAAUUUAGUUGAGGGAUCAUAUUUAGAUAAUAUUAGAUCUUUGGGGAUAAUUCCUGGAUAUACGAAGACAGAUAGUUUGAUUAAGGAUUAUAAGAUAAUUAGAGAAUCUUUGUAUUUUAUCUUGACAUUAUAUAGUUCAAGUAUUUAUCAAGGAUUAUUAAUUAGGGAUAUUGAAUUCAUAUCUCGAGAUGAAAGUAUAUUGUAUCAUAUUAGAGAUCAUAUAAUAUCACCAAUUUCGGAAGAAUUGAUCUAUAGAGGAAUGAUAAUAUUAGUCGUGGAGAAGUAUAUUCCUAAUUUCAUGGUAUUUACUCCAUAUCUAUUUGGUAUUGCUCAUAUUCAUCAUGGAAUUCAAUUAUAUUUUAGACAAAUACCAAUUGGACAAAUUUUAAGGACAAGCGGAUUUCAAUUUAUUUAUACUUCAAUAUUUGGGAUAUUUUGUAAUUAUUAUUAUAUAAAUAUUGCAGAAAAGAAUCUUUGGUCAACGAUUGUGAUUCAUAUGAUUUGUAAUUUCUUUGGAUUCCCAAGUUUGUUGGUUGAUUCAAAGGAUUUAAUUCAUCAUGUUAUGUAUUAUCUGCUAAUAAUUGUGGGUAUUUUUAAUACUUGGUUUGUUUUGAAAAAUAAUUAG